AUGGUUUUGUUGAAUACGACCCCAGUCUAUUUGCUGCUUGCCUUGCGUGCUGGCUCUACCGCCGUACACGCUGCCUCCAUUGGCGAAACUCUUUUUGAAAUCCGGGAUGCCUCGGUUGCUCAAAAGACGACUGAUUUCUGGCAUCAGCAUAUGCUAGAAGCCAAAUACCCCAAGAACACAGACGUGUGCAAAAAGAUGGGCGAGAAGGGCACGAACAUGUGGGAUUACAGCAAAGCGGCGGAUUACAUGACCACUUGGUUUGGCGAUAAUGACACCAAUCUAGUUGACUGGCCGCAGCAGCUGCACCUCAACGCUCUCAGCGGCAGUGGGGUAACCCCCGGCAACAUAGACUGCACGACCUUGCAGAGUGUGACCUGCCUCGCGCCCGGCGACGAUGACUGCAAAAACUACAAUCCGGCAGCCUUCGUGGUUAUCCAGACGGAAAUCGUGAACCUGUACAGCGCGCUGCAGGCAAUUGGCAUCCAAAACCUCAAGGCGGCCUUGAUGGAUUCCCUCGAUAUGGGCAAAUUGAUCAGGGAUUUCAUCACCGAUAAAGUCUUAGAGGACGAGAAGGAGAAGGCUAAGAAGCUUCACAUCGCUGCUCUCUUCACGUUUAUCUUCGCAGGCAUAAUGGCCAUUGUCAGCGCGGGCGCGGCUAUUGUCCCAAUCUUGCCCAUCACUGUAGGAGCUGUGGCCGGAAGUGCUGGAAUAGUAGGGGCCAGCGCCGGCGCCGCCGGAGGAAUUAGCAGUGCCGUCGGUUCUGCAUUGAGGAUUAUCUCUGCCGUAUCGUCGCCAGAUGGUGAGGUAGACCUUGGUCGGUUACAGGACGACUUGAACGCCAAGCUUGGGGAUUAUUUCGAUUCAAUGGAUCAGAGGAACAACGAUCUUGCGGGCAAGGUGUUUGGCACGCCCAAGCCCAGUCAGGAUAUUGACCUGAAAGACUUCAUCUCGGCUAUCGACAAGACGACCGACAUAAGCAAUGUGAAAAACGACGCCGACGCCCUCGUCGCCCUUUUCGGUAUACCCUCCCUAAUGAAUUUGACCGCGACUCAGGACCAGAUUAAACCAGUGUUGCAGAGUGGCAUGGGCAUGGCGAAACUCCCUCUCAUUGGCUAUCUGUGGGUCGUCAGAAAGUUCUACGUCCUCGAAUAUACCGAUGUCAAUCAGGACAAUUGCAAAUAUGAUGCAAACGCCAAAAAACAGAAUUUUGAUGGGGCUUCCCGUUGGGUCGCUGGUGUCGAUGGUGCCAAAGAUAGCUGCUUCGUCCUCAAGAUCGGCGACAAGAAAAUGGAUCACGACAACAACGCACCUACGGAGCUGAAAGUCGCCGAGGACGAGUAUAAGAUGGAUUCCGGCGAGAUGUUCUUGAACGUCAAAGCCUGCGACAAUGACAAGAUGCUCGAUGACUUGUCGUACAGCGUUACAAGCUUCGACUUCAGUAACCCUAGCAAAUGCUUCUACCCGCUCAACUACAUUCAGGCUGAGUCAGGCACGAAGAUUGAAAACGACAAAUACAAGGACGUCGCCAAGAAGUUGGGGGUAAAGACAUAA